UUUGCAAUGCAUAUUUCCCUUGGUGAGUCCUGGGUACAGUCAUGUACUUGGGAGGCAGUUGAUGGUUAUGGCCAUGGUGGACGUCCACACAGUGGGUAUAUUUCGGUUUUAGUGUUAAUCCGGAACAAAGGCCUUUCUAGAGGGACAAAAUGAAUAAGAAAAGAUUCUUUCUGGACCCUCCAGAGGUCAAAGAGUACCUGGUGAAAGGAGAGAGAUUUACAAAGUGGUCAGAGGACUCCACAAAGACUGUUCCUGUCACCAUGAAGAUGGAUCCGAAAGGUUUUUAUGUCUACUGGAUGAACCAAAGCAAGGAGACAACGUUCCUGGAUGUUGCUAACAUCAGAGAUACCAGAACAGGAAAAUAUGCUAAACUUCCCAAACACCCCAAGGUUCGCAACGUGUUCAACCUGGACUUCCCAGACAGCAACCAUCUCGCCAAAACCCUGACCUUAGUCUCAGGUCCCGACACGGUGAAUCUGACCUAUCACAACUUCUUUGCCUCUAAGGAGAAAGUGACACAGAACUGGGCAGAUGACAUCCUUGCAAUUGCCUACAACGCUGCGAGAAACAAUUCGUGCAGACAAGUCUUCCUGGACAAAAUAUAUGUCCGCAUUUCUCUUCAGACCAACAAGGACGGCAAGAUCCCAGUGAAAAAUAUCUACAAGAUGUUCCCUGCGGAUAAGAAGAGGGUGGAAAGUGCCUUAGCAGCAGCACGCCUCCCUAAAGGAAAGUAUGACACCAUGAAGCCUGACGUUUUCACUGAGACUGCCUUCAAGGCAUUUUUGACAAAUCUCUGCCCUCGCCCAGAGAUCUUCGAGAUCUUCACUUCUUAUUCCACAAAACCCACCAUGACCAAGGAGAAUUUCACCAAGUUUCUCAACGAGAAGCAGAGGGACUCUCGGCUCAACGAGGAGCUUUUCCCACGUCUGCGGCAGGACCAGAUCAAGGCUCUGAUCGACAAAUAUGAACCCUGCUCAAAUAAUUCGAACAGAGGUCUGAUCACUCCAGAAGGUCUUCUGUUCUACCUGAUGGGGCCGGAGACAUCAGUUGUCAUGCAGGACAGGCUGGCUAAGUGUCAGGACAUGACCCAGCCCAUACCACACUACUUCAUCAAGUCCUCCCACAACACAUAUCUGACAGCUGGUCAGUUCUCUGGUGUGUCCUCUCCGGAGAUGUACCGGCAGUGCCUGCUGUCCGGCUGCCGCUGCCUGGAGCUGGACUGCUGGAAGGGCAAACCCCCAGAUGAAGAGCCCAUCAUCACCCACGGCUUCACCAUGACAACUGAGAUCCUCUUCAAGGACGUGAUCGAGGCCAUAAAUGAGAGUGCCUUCAAGACCUCACAGUACCCUGUUAUCCUCUCAUUUGAGAACCACGUUGACUCGGUGAAACAGCAGGAGAAGAUGGCCAACUACUGCAAAACCAUAUUUGGUGAUGCCCUGCUAACAGAGCCGCUGGACAAAUACCCUCUGAAGCCAGGCCAGCAGAUCCCCAGCCCAUCUGAGCUCAUGGGCAAGAUCCUCAUCAAGAACAAGAAGGGCAGCCACGAAAAACCAGCCCAGGCUAAGAAAGCCGCGGCCCCAGCAGCAGCCGAGCAGACCACAACCACAGCUGCCGCAGCUACACCUGCCCAGGUCGCAAGUGGCACCUCCCAGGAUCCAGCAAACCCAGCACCCACCACCCAGGAGAACCAGGGUGGACAAGACGCAGCUCCGGGGGAUGCAGCUGCGGAGGACAACGAGGAGCAAGAAGACACAGAGGAGCAGGAUGAGGAGAAAAUGAAGACAUCCGAUGAGGGCACAGCUGGACAAGAAGUAACAGCGUACGAGGCAAUGUCAUCCCUGGUCAACUACAUCCAGCCCAACAAAUUCAUCUCGUUUGACAAUGCCAGAAAGAAAAACAAGAGUUACGUCAUCUCAUCUUUUGUGGAGACCAAAGGGGAGGCAAUGAUUUCCAAGAGUGCUGUCGAAUUCGUCGAAUACAACAAGAGGCAGAUGAGCAGGAUUUACCCCAAAGGAACAAGAAUGGACUCAUCCAACUACAACCCCCAGCCUUUCUGGAAUGUAGGCUGCCAGAUGGUGGCGCUCAACUACCAGACGAUGGAUUUCCCCAUGCAGCUGAACAUGGCUCUGUUUGAGUUCAACGGCAAAACGGGAUACCUCCUCAAGCACGACGUCCUGCGCCGCAGUGACAAGAAGUUUGACCCUUUCUGUGACAGAAUUGACACCGUUGUGGCAAGCACACUGACCAUAAAGAUCUACUCGGGCCAGUUCCUGUCCGACAAGAACGUGAAGACGGGGGUUGAGGUGGAGGUGAUCGGGCUGCCAGGAGACCCCAAAAAGAAAUAUCGCACCAAGUGGUCCACCACACCCAACGCCAUCAACCCAGUGUGGAACGAGGAACCUUUUGUUUUCGAGAAGAUCCUGCUCCCAGAAAUGGCCUCUCUAAGAAUGGUAGUCCAUGAGGAGAAUGGUAAAUUCGUGGGACACAGGAUCAUCCCACUUGAUGCCAUCCAAUCAGGCUUCCAUCACAUCUGCCUGCGCAGUGAGAGCAACAUACCGCUCACUCUGCCUGCUCUUUUUGUCUGGAUUGAGGUCAAGGACUACAUCCCUGCUGCCUUUGCAGACUUCACUGACGCCCUGUUUAACCCAACAAAGGGCACAGAGAAGACCACAAAGACCCCAAAAGAGUCAUCCUCUGACUACGUUUCUCCCUAUGAGUUGCCUCUUGUGGCCCAAACCCCCACGGGCAACACUAAGGAAAAUGAAGCCCCACCUGUUGAUGCCAAGGCUGCACCUGAACCUGCACCAUCUGCUGAUGGUGAGGCUAAGCCUGAACCUACACCACCUGCUGAUGCCGAGGCCGCACCUGAAGCUGCACCACCUGCUGAUACCGAGGCUGCAUCUGAACCUGCACCACCUGCUGAUACAGAGGCUGCAUCUGAACCUGCACCACCUGCUGAUGCCAAUGAUCAGUCAUCCCAGUCUCCACCAGAAACAAAUGCAGAGGAAGCUAAAGAAGAGGCAGAGAAGGAAACAGAUACUCCUCAACCUGCAGAAGAACUUCCUCAGACUCCUAAUACUGCUGCUGAAGAUCCAGCACCAGAUGCCACUCCUUCCCCUGAGGAGGCUGCCCCCGAGAAAGAAGCAAUCCCAGAGCCAGCUCCUGAGACCAAAGAUGAACCCGCAAAUGACCCCAAGCCUGCUUCGGAUGAUAAGGCAGACAAAGAGGAGGCUCCAGGAGAGCCUGCUGCUGUGGUCGUGCCCCCUCCAGCACCCGAUUCUGCAGGAUCAAAUGAUUCAUCUCAGCCGUCGCCAGGCAGCGAAGAACCUUUGACUGUGACCACUGAAGAACUGAUACAGCACAAGAACUAUCUGAAGGUAAUCAAGCGGCAGGAGAGAGAGCUGAAAGAGGCAGAAAAGAAAUAUCAGAAAAAAGGAGAGGAUCUGAUUCAAAAAUACUCUGACUCCUUCAAGGCCAUGAAGAAGAAGGUCUCAGUGAAGAAAAAAGAGGCAGGGGGAAGCACCUCUGAUUCUGGUGUGGCGACAGAGAGGGUGCAGGAGCAGAAGGAAAAAAUGCAGAGCGAGCUGCAAACUCUGUGGAUGGAGCAGUCUGAUCAGCUGAAGAAGAAGAAAGAGCAGUUUGCUACAGAGAGACUGGCCAAACUGAUGGAGAUGGCCACAGAGAGACACACCAGUGAACUGAAGACCCUGGAGAGUGAAGCCAAAGAAAAUAAGAAGAAAGCGCUCUCAAAAUCUUCAUCCUCAGUGAAAGGAAAGCUGAAAAAGGCAAUGAGCACAGAGGUGUUGGAUGACACUAGUCAGUCCAAUGGUGCUUCUUCAGAUAACAACCCACAGCAAGAGGCUCUGAUGAAGAAACAGGAUGCUACACUGGAAGAAAUCAAGACCCUGACUAAUCAGCUCAACCAGGAGGCCCUGAAGGAGCACGACCAGAAAAUGAGGUCUCUGCCAGUGGAGGUGAGGGAGGCUGUUAAUGCCUGUGUUAGCACCCACUUUCCCGAGCUGGUUGAACAGGCUGGAGACAAGAAGGAGGAUGGAGUCAGCGUCUAUGGAGACGUCUUCCUUGGUUAAACUUGUCUUAUGGUCCCUGACCCCUCAGUGUAACCUUCUCCUAACUUUUCAAAAACUUUUUUUCACUUCUAUAUUUUGUUUUCAACCUGUUACACAACCCAGUCUGAGUAUAAUUAUGAAUAGUAUAUUAUUCAAUCCAGGAAGCUCUGUGUGAAAUUUUAAUUUAGACUUAGGUGCUAUUCAUAGAGAGAGUAUUCUUUAGGGACUUUUGAGCUGUAAUGAUGUUUUCAUGGAUGCCAUGUAGACCAAAAGUUAGAUGAUUUGGAAAUGAUUUUAAUUUGAGUCUUUAUUUCAGUGGCUUUUCACUAGAAAAAAAGAAAAGAAAAACACCCUAAAUAGGGCUAUUCAGUGACAAAUAUCUUCCAGAUGAAGGCCCAUUGCCAAGAGCCUUACAGUCUCCUUUCUGUUCUCUUAAUGAGUUCAAGAAUGGGAAUAAAUGUAGCAAGCAAAAAACGGGUUAUCAGAGUCUGCAGGCUGAAUCGAGACAAUGAGUCCAUCUGUGACACUUCAGUACAGCGUGAUUUUGCUUGUGUGAUACUCCACAAAGCCACAGCAAGACUGAGAAUUAGGUGUGUUGCAACCACGGGGCAAACAUCUUACAGAGCCAAACAAGAUAUACAAAAACACAUACAAACCAUGCACUAUCAAAACAUAAAUAUUCCCAUUGCAGUCAGAGUUGUUGUUAUUGUGAUGAAAAGGUCUUAAUAAACUUUGAAUUGUG